CAGUCUCUCACACACAAAGCACAUCACAAACAUCUCUUCUUUCUUUUUCUAUUUUUCUUUCUUUUGGUUUCUAUUUUUACAAACUUCACUCCCUCAUUAUUUCCCUCUCGUUUUUUAACUCAAUAAUUACUAGGGUUAGGGUUUUUGUAAAAUUUCUCAAAUUUUCAUCACUUCUCCUCUCUGUAAUGCUUCAAAAUCCUUUCAUUACAUAUCCGAUUCCCCAAUGUACAGUCAUUCACAGUCUAUGAAUGUUCACCACCAGAUCCAUACUCCUACGGGACCCACCGGGGAUGACGAAGACGGUGUUGCUGCGGACUCCAUUGACCAUCACCAUAUACGUUACGAGGACGGUAAUGCUACUGGCGUGGUACUAGAAGAUGAUGUUUCACAUGACUCCGUUUAUGUUCCUACUAGUGCCGCUGGCUCCGAGCUUGCUAUUCAGGGCAACGAUGUUUCAAGUCAACUUACAUUGACGUUUCGAGGUCAAGUUUAUGUUUUUGAUGCUGUCACUCCAGAUAAGGUUCAAGCAGUGUUAUUACUAUUGGGAGGAUGCGAACUAACUUCUGGUCCACAUGGUCUAGAAGUUGCCUCUCAAAAUCAAAGGAGUGCGGUGGUAGACUAUCCAGGACGUUGUACUCAACCUCAGAGAGCCGCUUCAUUAAAUAGAUUUCGACAAAAGAGGAAAGAACGGAAUUUUGAUAAGAAAGUUAGAUAUAGUGUUCGCCAAGAGGUUGCUCUUAGGAUGCAGCGUAAUAAGGGUCAGUUUACUUCUUCCAAGAAGUCAGAUGGAACAUACGGAUGGGGUGGCGGUCAGGACUCAGGUCAAGAUGAUAGCCAGCAGGAAACCUCGUGUACACAUUGUGGCACUAGUUCAAAAUCAACUCCAAUGAUGCGGCGUGGUCCAUCUGGUCCUAGAUCACUUUGCAAUGCUUGUGGGCUAUUUUGGGCAAACAGGGGAAGUGCCAUGCAAAGAUUGAACAUAUUUGUUGGUGGAAGUGGCGUUCAUUUUCAUGCUUUGGCAAAUGCACUGGUGUGGAAGAAUGUGCAUAGGCAAGUUAUGGAAAUGAAUAAUGUGAGAGGGAACUUUGAGAGAUCUGUCCAAGAAAACCCAGGAUCAUUCUCUGAAUCCAAUGGAGCAGGGUGAAGCUGAAGCAAAUGACUCGGAUUCCGGCAAUGCCAUCCAUACUCAUAACAAUCUUGUUACUUAUUGAAUUAAAAGUGGUGAUGAUUCAGCUUCAAACCAGAGACUAAAGUUCCAAGUUGUCUCACAACAACAGCCAGACCAGCAGUAGGCGCAAAUUCAAGUUGAAGAUAUUCUAGUAAAUUUCUUGCAGCUUGUUCUCUGUAAUGUACAGAUACUAUAGUGUCAUCAUCAAUACAUGAGGUUAUCUCUUA